AUGAUGCCGCUUGCCAGCUGUGCCUGUCUAGGCGCCCUUCCUAGCGAGCUCAUCUGCGAGAUUCUGGCCCGCAUUGACUCCGUAGCAUCGCUUUACUCGGUGCUAACAGCGUGGCCCAGGGCCAACCUCGUCUUCUCGUCCUCUAUCGGACCAGUCCUGCUCGCCCGGACCCUUGAGGAAUCGCUCCCUGGACAGUUGGUGUCGCUAGUCUCCGCGACUGCCCGCGUCAUGCUGCAAACCGAGCCUGUUCUGAGCCCCGAGGCUGUUCGAGAUGGCUACUUCCGCCCCCCAAAGGGCCGACAUGUCGGCCGGGCCCAGCCCAUACCGCAGCCGUCACCGCCAGCGGCAGACACUCCAGCGGCAGAUGCUGGUCUACCCUUCAUCUUGGGAAACAACGGACAGGCCGCUCGCCGUCUCCUCGGCCAGGUUGUGCGCAUCGCACGCGCCGCAACCGCAUGUCUCGAGCAUUACAGCACGCAAUGUCGCCUCAUCACACCGCAGCACCUCGUACGCCCUCGGCGAAACCUCUACCGCCAUGGCGACUCCCGUCGCCCGCCCUGGCGCGAGACUGCCGCCGGUCGUCCCUACGUCCCACCCGAGUUUCAUUGCUGCUCGUGGCAAGAAGGCCAGCGCGCAAUGCGCGGUCUCUGGCGGCUGCGCUUGGCCGAAGCGCUCGCUCAAAGCGCAGCGGAGCGCAACGUGAGCUUGGACCUGUUCUUCUUCGCUGACUCGGAACCGUGGGGCGAGCAGGAUGAGCUACUAACGGCCGCCGAGUAUCUGGGCUACAGCCAAAACGCGCCCCUGAAUCCCAUCCGACCAAAGGACGACAUCUGGUGUUGGCCCGUGGCUGUGGUAAAGGCGUCCACGGCUACCGCCUCGCUACCCUGGGAGACGCUGCUGUCGCCGCUGCACGAGGUAGACACCCGAUCGCGUGGGACGCUCCGUCUAGCCACGGCAGGGUGGCAGCAUUGGGUCAGGCUCGCAUCACAUCCGGCGUCGCCUGUUCGCGGCGUGCCUUUUUGGCCAUUUCGUCACCUCGGCUUUGCGCUUUGGGACAGAGAGAAGCUCGAAACGAUGCAGCUGGUGCCGCUCGAGGUCAAAGCGACGCAAGGCGGUGACAGGGGCGUCGCCUCGCAGGCGGAAUGGUUCUUUACCUGGCGCAGCCUCGUGCCUGCAGGCCUGCGCACUGAGAUAGAAGAACGUCUUGAUCGAGACCUCGAGGGCUGCGGGCAGGACGUACGAGAUUGA